UGCAGCUCCUCUCAGGACCGACAUGAAGCUGCUGGACGAGCGCAUCUGCUCGCUGUUUAAACGUCACUGGAGGCACACUCUCACCUACUGGAGCGUGUUCUUCAGCUUCGGCCUGUGCAUCGCCUUCCUGGGACCCACGAUCCUGGACCUGAGGUGUCAGACCCAGUCCACCCUGCAGCAGAUCACCUGGGUCUUCUUCUCCCAGCAGUUCUUCCUGCUGGUGGGCGCCAGCGUGGGGGGACUCUUCAAGAAAACAUUGCUGUCCUCUCUGACCGCUCUCCUGUCCUGCACGCUCAUCAUCUCGUUCGUGUUUGCCAUCAUACCGCUAUGUCACCACGUGGUGCUGUUGGCCAUCACCAUGGCGUUUGCUGGCAAAGCCAUGGGGGUGAUUGACACCAUCGCCAACUGGCAGCUGGUGAAGCUGUAUGAGAAGGAUUCAGCCGUCUUCCUGCAGGCUUUGCAUUUCUUCAUAGGCCUGGGAGCACUUGUCAGUCCCCUGGUGGCUGAUCCGUUCCUGGCAGAUGACAACUGCGUUCUUGUGGCCAACCUGACCUCCAACUCUUCCUCAUCAUCGGACCUUCAGCACCUCCGCAACAGUCUCUCCGGCCAUGCAACGACACCGCACAACAUCUCCCAGUAUCCUCUGUACACUGAGGGUGUCGUCAUCACCAGGGUGUCCUAUGCUUUCUGGAUCAUGGCUCUUAUCAAUCUCCCUGUCCCUGCAGCAGUGCUCGCUCUCAUGUACCACGAGAGAUUGCUGCCGUGCUUCAACACCAGUCCACCGCUGCUGGAUAAGGACUCGCUAGCAAGAGUCCCCACCCAGGACAGUGGUGAAGAACACGUGCGUUGGUUUGGUUGCUGCAACCCUGCUAAACUCCGGGGACGCCCUGCUACUUUCUUCGUCAUACAUGCUCUGGGCGGAGCCAUCCUCUUCCUCACCGAUGGGAUCGUAGGCUCAUACGCUGGUUUCAUCUACACCUACGCCAUCUCCCCUCCUCUGCUGAUGGGUCAUAAGACUGCUGGCUGCCUGGACAGUGUAUUUUGGGCCUCCAUCACAGCAGGAAGACUGGUUUUCAUCUACCUGUCCUACAGAUUCACAGCACCCAAGCUGCUCACCUUCAGUCUGGUGGGAGUCAUACUGGUGCAGUGCCUGUUGAUGAUCUUCUACACAAGCUGUGUGUUUCUCUUCAUCGGUACUUGUUUGUUGGGACUGUGCAUUAGCAGCGUGUUUCCCUCCAUGCUUGCUUUUACAGAGGACAUAUUGGACUACAAAGGUUGUGCCACAACUGUCCUGGUGACCAGCGCCAGCACAGGAGAGAUGGUGCUGCAGCUGCUUGUAGGAUCGAUAAUCCACAGUCAUGGCAGCUACGCAUUCCUGUUGUGUGCUACAAUAUCCUCCUUCCUCAGCUUCUGCUUUUUCCUGCUGCUCAUCUAUGUCCAGUCCAUCUACAGAAACUGCAGCGCAGAAUCCUCUGCAAACAUGGACAUGACAGAGAAGCCACAGACGGCAGACUCGUGAUCUGAGGCUCCGUCAGGGACCAGGGGACACGGUGUGGACAACAAAGAGGGAGAAUCGUCUCAGGGAAACUGGCCUCCCCUCAUUUCUCCCUUGAGCCAGGACGCAGAGCUGCAUCCUGGCCUCCUCCAGCGGAACACUUUUUAAACUAAAGACAGAGACUUCUACUUUCAAGCCUGAUGAUCAAACAGCAGCUCUACGGAUGUGCAAUAGCUGAAUUCAUUUUUGGCACAAUCAUUUCUUGCAAUACAUUAUAACUCUGCUGCAGCUCGAUUCAAAAGACACUUUAAUGAUUAUUCACUUUUUCAGUGUGAAUGAAAUAAGAUUAAGAUUGAUUGUGGAGGUGAAUGUGUUCCUACUGUUAAAACAUGACUUGGGUCAGUAAGCAGCAGUGCUGUGGGUUCUUGGUGGUGGACCAGUUUGUUAUUAUAAUAAUGCAAUGUCAUAAUAAUGUAGUUUAUAACUUAUGUAAAUGUAAUGAUAUGAUCACAAAUUGAGUAUUGAUCUAUAUAAACUCCAGGUUGUGUCUGGAGUCUAAUAAGAUACAGAGAAACCUCAAAAACGCGCACGCACGCACACACACACACAGGGUAAUGACAGAAUGGAGUAAAUGUGGUCAGUUAGAGAUCUUUUAUUACUGGUCUCACGUAUCUCUUCCAUCAUAAACACUUCCUCUUAACGUGUCACACAUCAAUACGCCACUUAAGACAAGUAGCUUGUAAACAUUUGAAAAAAGCUUCAAACAAAUAGAGAACUGGACAAAACAAAGCGGGAACAAUGUCAUUUCUUUUUUUUAAAACAAGAUUUUACAAUUCAAGAUAAGCUGAAGGAAAAACACCAUCAGAAAAUACAAACGAACAAAUACGCUGAUGACACAUCUUGAUGGGGGAAAGUUUUAAAUGGGCUUCAGGGUUAUUUUCCCUCAAUUGUUUAGUUCUUAUUGCAAAAGUGUAAUAUAAGCGACCAAAUCUUUGGGCUCAAAUAUAAAUUCAAAUAAAUAAAUAUUGUGUGGUACUGCCAAAUUACAAUGAAGGUGAGGUAAACUACAUCAUAUGUGCUGUAGAAGAUUAGAUUGAACUCUUGUUUUGUGGUAUAAAAUCUUAAGUGCAUAAAUGUAUCCUCCCUUUGGGAAUAUAUACAUUUUUCAAUAAGCAAACGUUAACAUGUCAUCAAAUCUGAGUCAUAGAAAAGCCACAGAAUCCAAUACUACAGGAACCCCUACAUUUUUAAGUGCAAACGUUUCAUCACAACAUCUGCAUGUACAAUAUCAACACUAUAUCAAAACACUUCACAUAUAAAAACAUAGAUUUAGAUAUCUCCCCAUAAGGCUUUGAUUU